UAAACACUUGCAGUUGAAGUCUGCUGCCCCCUAACGGUGACGUAGCGCGUACGAACCGACGUGAAGGAAUUUCCGCCGACGUCACUGCGUAUGUCCAUAACAGGGCUGCAGCUGUCUGAGAGCAACAAUAACAAGCUGUACCCAACAACUUCACCGCGGCUUUAACGGAACCUGACAGCGCCGUAGACCGCCGAGGGUCACAAAAUGCGGUCGUCCAAAUAACUGUGGCCUCCGUCUCUUCGUCCUCCCAGCCGAAAACCGCGUUAUCGUCGCGGCCACCGCCGCGGAACAAACACGGAGACUCGGCCGCAGGGGGAACAGGGCAGUUCGGGGCUGCAUCUGGGUCAGUGGGCCUAUCGGCGGCCGUACCGGUGGUGUUGUUUUCCCCGCAGUGUCCCGCUGCGCCCGUCGUUCGUUUGAAUACGCGUCGUGUGACCCGUUUAACUCGCGGUAACAUGCAGGCUAACGGGGCAGGACAGGACCGGGAUUCAGAACUGUCCUGCCGAAACGGUGCUCAGAACGGUGAGUCGUCCUCCACCGGGGAAGCGCACUCCAACGGACUGGUGUCAGUCACCAACAAUGGAAACACUGUCAGCAACAACAACGGAGUGUCAGCGCAGCCUGCGCCCAACAACAGCAGCGGCUCGUCGGACGUGAAGAAGAAGAAGCGUCUGUCUCAGUCGGAGGAGGAUGUCAUCAGGCUGAUAGGACAACACCUACACGACCUCGGUCUCAAUCAGACGGUGGACCUCCUGAUGCAGGAGUCUGGCUGCAGACUGGAGCACCCCUCUGCCACCAAAUUCCGCAACCACGUCAUGGAAGGAGAGUGGGACAAGGCUGAGAGUGAUCUGAACGAGCUGAAGGCACUGAUGCACUCUCCAAGUGCUAUAGUGAGGAUGAAGUUCCUCCUGCUGCAGCAGAAGUAUCUGGAGUACCUGGAGGAUGGGAAGGUCCUGGAGGCCCUGCAGGUCCUCAGAGCCGAGCUCACCCCCCUCAAGUACAACACGGAGCGGAUCCACAUCCUGAGCGGGUACCUGAUGUGCAGUCAUGCAGAGGACCUACGAGCCAAAGCAGAGUGGGAAGGGAAAGGCACGGCAUCCCGAACGAAGCUACUGGACAAGCUGCAGACCUACCUGCCUCCCUCAGUGAUGCUGCCCCCACGCCGCCUGCAGACUCUGCUGAAGCAGGCGGUGGAGCUGCAGAGGGAGCGCUGCCUCUACCACAACACCAAGCUGGACAGUGGACUGGACUCUGUGUCCCUGCUCCUGGACCAUGCCUGCAGCCGGAAACAGUUCCCCUGCUACACUCAGCAGAUUCUCACCGAACACUGCAACGAAGUCUGGUUCUGCAAGUUCUCCAACAACGGCACCAAACUGGCAACUGGGUCCAAAGACACCACUGUCAUCGUGUGGCACGUCGACGUGGAAACCCAGCAGCUGAAGCUGAUGAAGACUCUGGAGGGUCACGCUUACGGUGUUUCAUACCUGGCAUGGAGCCCUGAUGACGCCUACCUGAUCGCCUGUGGUCCUGACGACUGCUCUGAGCUGUGGCUUUGGAACGUACAGACGGGGGAGUUACGGACUAAGAUGAGUCAGUCUCAUGAGGAUAGCCUGACCAGCGUGGCCUGGAACCCAGAUGGCAAACGCUUCGUCACGGGAGGCCAGAGAGGCCAGUUCUACCAAUGUGACCUGGACGGAAACCUGCUGGACUCAUGGGAAGGGGUCCGGGUGCAGUGCCUUUGGUGUCUGAGUGACGGCCGGACCGUCCUCGCUUCCGACACCCACCAACGUAUCCGAGGAUACAACUUUGAGGACCUGACGGACAGAAACAUAGUGCAGGAGGACCAUCCCAUCAUGUCCUUCACUGUGUCCAAAAACGGGAGGUUAGCUCUGCUGAAUGUUGCAACCCAGGGAGUGCACCUGUGGGACCUGCAAGACCGGGUGCUGGUGAGGAAGUACCAGGGGGUCACCCAGGGCUUCUACACCAUCCACUCCUGCCUCGGAGGCCACAAUGAAGAUUUCAUCGCCAGUGGCAGCGAAGACCACAAAGUUUACAUCUGGCACCGGCGCAGUGAGCUGCCCAUCGCUGAGCUGACCGGUCACACCCGCACAGUCAACUGUGUGAGCUGGAACCCCGUCCUGCCCGGACUGCUGGCCAGCGCCUCAGAUGACGGAACCGUCCGGAUCUGGGGACCCGCCCCCUUCCUGGAUGUCCAGGAUGCAGAGGGGCUCAACGAACACGUUUUUCCUUCAGCUUUCCUGAGUAGAGGCAGAGGAAGAGCACAGGACGACGUGUUUGAUGGAAACUUGUGUUUUACACUUGCAGUGUAUCUAUUACAUGUGUUGAGUGGUGGCUGCAGCUGUUACCUCUGGAUGAUCUGCGUCUCCUUCCUGCUGUCAGUGUGGACUCCCCCUUUACUCUGCUUCUGCUCCUGUUGCAGGAAUCUCUUUUCCUUUGGUUUAGUUCACGUUUAAGUUUCAUUUAUAAUCACUGCGUUUGUUUUUUAUUUACUUCAAGUGGAGCUGUCCCCCCCCCCCCAAAUACCUCAGCUCAUCUGUCAGCUGCUUCAAAAGAUGAGGCUGGAGUUCUUCUGUUUCAUAUGCUCAGAACCUACAGUGUGUUAGUUCAUACUGAGGACAUCAAUUUACAAACAUAUAGAUUCAUUUUUUUAAAGUGUAAUUUACUGAAACAGCUGCUCACUGUGGUUUUUAUCAAACAGGUGGAAAUAGUGACAUUGUUAGAGACUAUUUUCAGCGGCGGAUUAAUCCACAUUUGGUGCUCUAGUGAGUGUUUGUGGCAGCAGAAAAGUGUGUGUGUAUGUGACUGAGUCAGAAUAAACUACAGUGUGUUUGUUCACGGUGAAUGAUGUGUGAGACUGACUAAUUUUAACACACACACUCGCUCUCUUUCUCUCUCUAUGAUUAAAAAAAAGAGAAUUUCCAGCCUCAUCCUUUGAGUUGACCAGGUCACAGUGAGCUGAGAGGUCACAGUAACACACUGAUGGAGUGAGUGUUUAACAGUCAGUGUGUGACACAUUUGUACACAAAUGUAACAUAAAGUUAUGAUGGACUUGACAAAGUGUUUCAGAGAGUCAGAACAGUCUUGCCUGAUGUGAUGUUCUGUGUGAUAUGUGCUGUAUAGUCCUAUGUUAUGGCAUGUACUAUGAGGCUGUUCCACUGGCAGACAGGAUGAAGGGAUGUCCCGGGUUCCCACACCUGGUUCUGCUGUCAGGUGUCAGCAGCUACUCACUGUACCACUGUGGGAAUGUAAAGCGGCACGUCCACAUUCGCACCUGCUGACACAGAACAUCUGUUCGAAGAUUCACAGAGCAGAGUUCAGACAAAAACCACGUCGGGUCUAUUUGUUGUUGUACACCAAUCUGCUUCUACAGACUCUGUUGUUCAGAUUCUUUUCCAGUCCUGGAUGACACCUGCAGGACUGUGAGGACUGUGGGAACCCUGUUCAUCUGCCCAGGCACCAAUCACAGCCAUCACCAGCCUCAGCUCUGCCGUCACAGAACACGCACAACACUAGAUGUCACACACAGACGUGGUGGUCCAGCUUCUUUCUGCAGUUUGUUCAUUCUGAGUAUUUCAGGCUUCUCUUCUUUUCUCUUCUCGCUGUAAGAAGCCAAAGUAGAACUUUGUUUGCUUGCAGGCAGUUUUACAUUUUAAAUGUGUUAUUACAAAAAGUGAUUGUACUGUUCUGUAUUGUUCUGUAGGAGAAGUAUUAUGUAUGCAUAUUUUAAAUAAAGCAU